ACGAUUUGAAGUGGGCGUGUCCAGAAAGAGGCGAAGGUUAUAUGAAGGGGUGUCGGUGGGCCGUGGAGGCUAAGUGCCGGGGUGCCAAAGCUAGGAAAGGAGGCCUGGGUGUUAGGAGACCGGGCGAGUGAGUGAAAGGGGGAAGGACCCCGUGAGAGAACGAAUGAAAAACAACGUCAACGGGUGUGACUAGAGACAAGGCCCGAACUUGGCAGCGAAGUCGCAUUUGUUUCCUGGCCGCCGGUUGACCCAGGCCUACCUUUCCUAGUUAUCCUCAGCACAACGUUGCCUAGAUACAGCGGACAGCGUGGUAUCGUCUGUGGCAGCCAGUACCAUACUGCGGCAUGAAUUCAAACGUUGAAAAUUUGCCCCCACACAUAAUUCGCCAGGUUUACAAAGAGGUCUCUACUUUGACAUCUGACCCUCCAGAAGGCAUAAAGAUCAUUCCCAAUGAAGAGGAUAUAACAGAUGUACAAGUUAGCAUUGAAGGACCAGAGGGGACUCCAUACGCCGGAGGGAUUUUUAGAAUGAAGUUAAUCUUGGGCAAAGACUUUCCAGCUGCUCCUCCCAAAGGAUACUUCCUUACAAAAAUAUUUCAUCCGAAUGUUAGCAACAAUGGUGAAAUAUGUGUUAAUGUGUUAAAAAGAGAUUGGAAAGCUGAACUUGGGAUUAGACACGUAUUAUUGACCAUAAAGUGUUUGUUGAUUCAUCCGAACCCAGAAUCAGCUCUAAAUGAAGAAGCUGGUCGCCUCUUAUUGGAGAACUAUGAAGAGUAUGCAUCACGUGCAAGACUUAUGACUGAAAUUCAUGCCCAGAGCUCCUCUUCUAGGGGAAAGGAUGCAACAGACCCCUGCUCAUCUGCAUCAGCCAUGUUUGGUGUUGGGGAUGGACCCAUGGCAAAGAAACAUGCUGGAGACCGUGACAAGAAACUGGCAGCCAAAAAGAAAACAGACAAAAAGCGAGCUUUGAGGCGACUUUAAAUGGAAGUGUUAGAGGAAGGUUGAGUGAACUUUUAGACCGAGUAGGGACUGUGCGAGGAAGUUUGGGGGGGGGGGGUUGG